UGAUUCGAGUUCAGGAACUAUUUUACCAUUUCGUGUGAGUGUCGUCUCACCGGAAUCGGAGCGAUUAUUAUACAGCAACCGUUUCGCACAUUAAUGAAAAAAUUAGCACCAGACAUAAAGAUGCACUCGUGCGCGAGUGCAGAAUCCGCUCCGUCCGAGCGAUUUCCUGCUAUGCUGGCAAUUUGCCAUUCCCCACCGACAGCAUGCGAAGACGACGACGACGACGACGAUGGCAUCCGGCAGUCGACGGUGGCGUCAGCGUCGUCAUCCUCAGCUGCAGCGGCACACGUUCACAAUGACGCUGAUUUGCAAUGCCAUUGCCGUAAUCCUCUCUCCUCACAGCUUGAAUGCAAACGCGCUUGGGUUGAAAAUUUUAAUUAAAAUGCACAGAACCGGGCAAAAUUGUAAAUUCGUCGCCCCUGCGGACCCCGGUUCGGUCCGGGUCCCGGAAUCGCAAUCGAAGUCCGAGUGGUAGAAGUAGUCCGCUUCGACGGUGGUCCGGUCUUCGGACCGUUUGACAAUGGUUCGGAGUUUUUUUCUCUCUCUCUCCGAGUUCUUUAAGUGAAAAUGUUUGGUUUUCCUUCCGAUGUAAUUAACCCGAGAAGGUGCUUCAGCGAUUGUCUUAACUGGCUUCGUGGAAUUAGGAGAAAAAAAAAUACAAAAGAAAACUCACUUGCUUUCGCUUCGGUGUCGAUAAUUCCAACUAGAGCGAAGAGUUGCUCUAGUCUUUGGUGGGUGCUAAAAUCAUAAAAAAAUAAUAUCCAAUUUAUCUCGUGUCCGUGAAUGCACUUGGAAUGCGCUUGUGAUCAUUUCAAUUACUGUAACUAUAGUUUUCAUUCGAAUUACAAGAAGUCAAAUCGUGUAGGUGGUGCCUACUUGGCAGAAGGCCACCGACCCAGUCGUUCAACAAGUCGAGCAGAGAAUAGACAAAUUAACAGAUAUCAGGCAGAUAAUCGUUUGCUUAUGGGCUGAGAUCAUUUUUACACGGUUUCGUUUUACGUGGAUUUCCGAAGUUACGCAGUUUUUUUUUAUAUGGAUUCCCGAAGUUAUACAGGUUUUUUCACGAACUUCCAAAGAUACGCAGAUAUCCGAAGUUUCAUGAUUUUUUUCACACGGAUUUCCAAAAUUACGUGGUUUUCUACGCAAAUUUCCGAGCUUUCGCGAAUUUUCGCAGUUUUUUAUGCGGAUUUCUGAAGUAACGCAAGUAUUCGAAGUUUUGCAGUUUUUCUACGAGGAUUUCCGAAGUUUUGUGAUUUUUUACACGGAUUCAGUAAACUACGCGGAUUUCCAAAGUUACACGGAUUUCCUAAAUUUCGUGAUUUUUUCUCGAGGAUUUCCGAAGUUACGGGUUUUUUACGCGUUUUCUUUUUACGUGGAUUUCCGUAAUGCGAUUUUUUCGUGGGUUUUAGAAUUAACGUAGUUUUUUUAUGCGGAUUUCCGAUUUGCGAUUUUUUAUGUGAAUUUCCCAAUUUUUUACGCGGAUUUUCAAAGCUACCCUAUUAUCCGCAGAUUUUAAAAGUUGCGCAGUAUUUUUAUGCGGAUUUCCGAAGUAACGCAUUUUUCGUGGUUUUCCGUGAUUUUCCUUGCGGAUUUUAGAAGCUACGCAUUACGAAUUUCCAAAAUUUCACCGAUUUCCGAAGAUUCGCGAUUCGUUUUUCGCGGAUUUGCGAAUAUUUUUUAUGCGUAUUUCCGAAGUUCCGCAGUUUUUUAUGCGGAUUACCAAAGUUUCGCGGAUUUCCGCAGUUAUGCGGAUUUUCCGAAGUUAUGCAGUUUUUUGCGAGGGUUUUUUUAAGUUACGCAGUUUUCUAAGCGGAUUUCCAAAAUUUCACGUAAUUUUUUAACGAGGAUCUCCGAAACCCCGCAGCAUUUUUACGAGGGCAUUCCGAAGUGACACAGUUUUUAUGAGGAUUUCUGAAAUUACGCGAUUUAUUUUCGCAAAUUUCGCGGAGUUCCGAUGUUUUUGAAGCGGAGUUCCGAUGUUACGUUGUUUUUUACGCGGAUUUUUUAGGUCACGUAGUUUUAUUUGCGCAGAUUUCCGAAAUUGCCCAAUGUUUUACGCGGAUUUCCGAAGCUAAGCGGUUUUCACAAGGAUUUCCGACGUUACGCAGAAUUUUUGAAGUUUCACUGUUUUUACACGGAUUUCCGAAGAUAGGCGUUUUUUACGCGGAGUCUUGAAGUUACACGGUUUGUCUAAGUUACGCAGUUUUUUUUCAAGCGAGUUUCCAAAGUUUCGCAUUUUUUUGGCGCGGAUUUACAAGGGUUUUCCGAAGUUACCCAGUUUUUAUGAGAAUUCUCGAAAUUACGCGAUUUUUGACGCGAAGUUACGAUAUUUUGCAGUUUUUUCAGGUGGAUUUUUUAAGUUUCGCGGUUUUUACGCGAAUUCCCGAAGUUACGGAGUUAUUUAUGCGGAUUUCCAAAGUCUUAGGUUUUUGUUUCACGCGGAUUUUCCGAAGUUUUGGUGUUUUUUUACGCGGAUUUUCCGAAGUUUCGUGUUUUUUUUCACGCGAAUUUCCCGAAGUUUUAUGAUUUUCUCGCUCAUUUCCGAAGUUACGCGGUUUUUAGAGGGAUUCCAAAGUUCGCAGCUUCAUUUACGUGGAUUUUUCAAAGUUUCGCGAUUUUUUUUGCGCAGAUUUUUCGAAGUUUAAAGUUUUCCUGAAGUUACUCGGUUUUUAAUAAGAUUUUCGAAGUUACGCAGUUUUUUUUACGAGAAUUUCCAAAGCUUCGCAAUAUUUUUACACGGAUUUAUGAAGUAUCACGAGUUUUUAACGUGGAUUUCUUAGGUUUCGUGUUUUUUUUACAUUACGAUCUUCGAAAUUACCCGAUGUUUUUUGGCAGAUUUUCGAUUUUUCGCGAUUUUUGACACGGAGUUUCGAUGUGAAGCUGUUUUUUUACGCGAAUGUCCAAAGUUUCGGGAAUUUUUUCACUGAUUUACCAAAAUUUUUUCGAUUUUUUUACGCAGAUUCCAGAAAUUCCGCUGCUUUUUUACGAGGGUUUCCGAAGUUUUUUUUUUGCGGAUUUCCGAAAUUACGCAAUUUUUAUACACAUAUUACCGAACUUUCGCGAUUUUUGACGGGGAGUUCCGAUGUUACGUUGUUUUUUACGCGGAUUUUCAAAGUCACGUAGUAUUAUUUAGGCAGAUUUCUGUAGUUACGCAGUUUUUUCACGCGAAUUCCCGAAGCUACGCAGUUUUAUUUACGCGAAUUUUCAAAGUUUCGUGAAUUUCUUAUGCGGCUUUCCGAAGUUACGCAGUUUUUUAUGCAGAUUUCCAGAGUUUAACAAUUUUUUUUACGCGGAUUUCCGAAAGUACGCGGAUUUUCCGAAGUUUCGUUGUUUUUUUCACGCGGAUUUGCGAAGUUUCGCGAGAUUUUUCAUGCGGAUUUUUCGAAGUUUUAUGAUCUUUUACGCUGAUUUCCGGAUUGAAGAGGUUUUUGCGAGGAUUCCCCAAGCUCGCAUUUACGCGGAUUUUUCAAAGAUUGGCGAUUUUUUUACGCGGAUUUUUCAAAGUAAGUAGUUUUCCUGAAGUUACUCGUUUUUUAUUCAGAUUUUAGAAGUUACGUAAUUUUGUUUACGAGAAUUUCCAAAGCUUCGCAAUAUUUUAUGUAGAUUUCUAAGGUUUCGUGUGUUUUUUUUAUGUUACGAUCUUCCAAAUUAGGCGAUGUUUUUUGGCAGAUUUUCGAUUUUUCGCGAUUUUUGAAGUUUCACGGUUUUUUUUUAUUCAAAUUCCCAAAGUUACGCAGUUUCAUUUACUCGGAUUUCCGAAAUUUCACAUAUUUUUGCACGGAUCACCGAAGCUACGCGGGUUUUACAGAGAUUUCUGAAGCUCCGCAGUUUUUUUCACACGGAUUUCCGAAAUUACACGGAUUUUUGAAAUUACAUGGUUUUUACACAGAUUUUCGAAAUUACGCAGUUUUUUACGCAAAUUUUAUAAAUUUAGCGAUUUUUUUUCACGUGUAUUUCCGAAAUUACGUAGUUUUAUUUAAGCGAACUUCCGGGAAUUUACGAUUUUUUUCUGCCGAUCUCCGAAUUUACGUGAUUUUUUUACGCUGAUUUUUCAAGUUUCGCGAUUUUUACACGGAUUUCUUAAGUCUUAUAUUUUUAUUUUCGUAGAUUUCCGAAGCUUCACAGAUUUUCAAGGUUAAGCAGUAUUUUUUACGCAAAUCUCUGAAGUAACGCAAUUUUUUACGCGGACUUCCAAAAUUUCACGAUGUUUACGCGGAUUUCCGAAGUCUUUUUUCGAAGCUACGCAGUUUUUAUUACAUGGAUUUUCGAAAUCUCACGAUUUUUUACGCUGAUUUCUGAAGUUACGCAUUUUUUUACGCGGAUUUCCGAAAGUAUGUAAUUUUUUACGAAAAUUUUCCGAAGUAACAAAUAUUUUGUACGUUUCCGGAUUUCAGCGAGCUUUAAAAGCUAUUGUUUCGCUAUUGAUCAAGAUCAAAUAGCCGCCACUUUCGGUUCCGGAGGUAUAACGGCAUAAGUGACGUAACCGACGAACUGCACUUUUCUCAUCGGCUCAAACUUCCCGAAAAUAAUCAACGAAUUUCGAUAAACCUAGGCUUGUUUAAAAGCUGGAAUUAUGUCUCUGAUCAAGUUUGUAGAAUUAGGUCAAACAUUCCCGGUUCGAAAGAUGUAAUCUUACAUAUGACUUAACCGCCAAAACUUCAAAACGUUGUGUUUUUUUAAUGCAGCAAAACUUCUUGACGAUACCUGUCCAUAUAUUUUAUAUAUUUUAUCUGGCAUAUCUGGUGAGGAAUAUGAAAUGAAACUAACAAGCAAAAGUCAGUCCCGACAGAACAAACACAAACAUAACAGAGGGGUUUGGUGCUCAGAUAUGAGCGAAACAUCAACGGCACUAUUUGCUAGAAUGCCUGCUCGAGACAUUUCACGUGGAUUAGUAAAGCCUGUCUAAUUGAAAAAAAACUGGAACCAGAAUAUAUACUCACUACAUCUCGAACUCAAUUCCGGGAAACGAUUCAUUUUGAUGAUUGUUUUCAUAGUAUCGUACAAAAUAACUGCUGUGUUCUACCGGAUGCUAAGAACGGAUUUUGCAUGUCCAUCGCUGCGCAGAUACCAGAAGCAGAGAUUUUCCAUCUCGCAACAGCACGUGUACGUCGUACGAAUCAUCAACGAGUCUUUUUUUCUGCACGGAUGUUGCGAUCGCUGAUGGAGAUAGGAAAAAAAACCUCGCGUGACAAAAUUCAAUAAAGUCUGUAAACUGUCAAUUUCGCCGUUGUUUUGCUGCAAUCUACAUCUCUCUACAUGACUUCCGCACCCAAUGACUAGUUCAUAUUUGGAUGUAAACCAACUUUCGAUCGCAUUCGGAGACGUUUACUCCAACUGAAAGGAAAUUUUGUUUAUACAACAGAAGUCGUCAAAAUGCUACUGCUAUUUUGUUUCUUCAAAGUUCUGUUUCUUCUGUUAGUGGAAACUACGGGAACGAGCUACGAUAUUGACUACCACGGUUUGCGGACCACCGAGGGUACGGAAAAUUUCUUCCAAUAUAACUACACCCUGGAUAAACUAUCCGAACUAAGGUUUGAAGCUUCCGGAAACAUUCGUCAAUUGGUACCGUUGGACGAUAGCUACGAAGUGUCCAUGCGAUUGAGUCGGGCUGAUCUGACGACUGACGAUCCUCCGAUGUACGACAAUAUAAUGAAUAUCCAGAAACCGGUUUGCAAGUUCAUGAAGACAACCUACCGAAGGUACUUCUACGGUGAAUUGAAGGACAUCAGCAACUUGCCGCACUACGACAGCUGUCCUCUGUCACCGACGGAUUACUGGGUCAGACAGUACACCUUCGAGGGACAGGAUUAUUCGGAGUUUUUACGUGAAGGUCGCUUCAAGUUGGAAUGCUACCUGAUCAAGGACGACGAAAUCGUAGCCGGUGUCAUUGGCGAAUCAACGGUUAAGAAAGUGGCUGCAACAGAAUAGCAACGGGUCAGUGUUGGGUUCUGAGGUUUCUGAGUUCCAAAUAAAGUGAUUUCUUUUCAGUUUCAAAAUCUGUAUUGUUUUUUUUUGAAUAGAAUACGUGGAGCGAUUAAAUCCUGACACAAGAGAAAAAGACUAUUUGGCUGUACCAAAGGUUUUUUUUCCUACAACAGCUGCAAGUGGCUUGCUAGAUCAAGUAUUUUUGUUGUUGAAAAUUUAAGCUCUGCCCAGUAUAGUAUAGAAGUGAUAAUAUAGCGAUUAGAGAAUGACUUCAGAAUAUUAUCCAAAUCAAAAAUAGCACCUGAAUAUGCGAAUAAUCGUGAAUGGAAAGCUGAAUUUCUUCCUUCGAUAUAACUUCGCAACAAGCGCCUAAAUAGAUUACGUCUCUGAAAUUACCCACCCGGUCGUCGGAAGGUAUUAGCGAUAACUAAGUCCUCACAAGUUCCUAUCUCAUGCCUCAUGGCCCGCGUGUCUAUGAUGAACGGCUUCGACUGAGUUGCCAUCGCCUUAUGCGUUAUUAGCAGAAUGAGAGGGUGUGGAACGGCUUGAAAGUUACAGCCCAUACAGUAAAUUGCAAGAUUUAUCAUAGUAUAUUGCAAAAAAACAAACCCACUUUGCCUGUACCAGUCAUCAAUUUUCAGUUCCGGAAGUAGAGAUCGAAAGUCACCGGAAUGAAGCUUACAACUAUUUCUGACACCAGCCAUCAAUUUAGAUCCAAAAUGAGAUCCAUAUGAACUAGCCUUAUCGACUGCUACUAAAUUUCAUUCCGACUUUCGGUUCCGGAUAAUACAUGUUAGAAAUGUCCAUCUUUCGCAUGAUUUCCGUUUGUGCGAAUUUCCAUGGUAUUGUUCCCCAUGUUCAACUCCAAAAGGCUCUGAAAAGGAAUAGGUCUCAUAUGAAGGUCUCACCGAAAAGUAUCAUCAUAUCACCAUUUACUUCUCAACUAACAACAGAAUCCAAAAUCCAAAAAAUUCCGAAAAAUCACAAAACAAUUUUAAAAAAUCCCGAGAAGUUCCCAAAAUUUCCCUAAAAUUUUAAAAAUUUCAAAAAUAUUUAAAAUCUCUUAAAAAUUCAACAAAAAAAACCUGAAAAAUCCCAGUAAGUCCUAAAUAUUACCAAAAAAUCAAAAAAUUGUCAAAAUUUUCGAAAAAUCUUGAAAACUAUUAUGUAUUUUUCCAAAAAAUACCGAAAAAAAAAUUAAAACAUUCCUAAAAAUGAAACGGAAUCCCUAAAUUUCGAAAAAUUUGCAAAAUAUUCCAAAGAACCAUACCAAAAAAAAACUAAAAAAUCCUACAUUUCCCACAAAAUAUAAAAAUUUCAAAAAUACCCGAAAUAUUUCAAAGUUUCAAAACAG